GAAAAUAAGAAGUCGGAAAUGAAACAGGAGUGACAGCUCUCGCGCAGCUCUGCUCUGCUCGACUCCAGACAACAAACCAGUGCGGUCAGACAGUAGCGGAUAGCGGGCUGCCAUGGAUCCAAAUACAACCAUUCUGCGAGUUAAAAGAAAACGGGGCACCGACCCCGCAGAUGCUUUGCUGCUUGCGUGCAAACGGAUCCGACCCGAAUCAUCUCCGAGUUCAGGGGAAACGGUACCGGAACCCAGCGAAACCCAAGUGGAAAACUCUGUCUUCAAACUCGUGGCGACCGUAGCGACACAGGAUGCUCCAGUUCAGACCCAGGUUCGACAGGCUCUGGCCCGGCCCCGUCAUGCCCACACGUUGCGUCCCUCUGCAGCCAGCUCUCAGCGGAUCACCGGUGACCUGCGGAGCACGAAGUGGAGCACCAGGAGGGAGGAACGCUACAGAAUAUUGUCGAGUCAUCGUGCAGGUCUGGCCCGGCAGGUCGAGGAGCAACCCCCCCAGACAGACGCCUCAAAGCCUGGAGAUGAAACUGAGACAUCCGAGGACAAAUGUUGGGGAGUUGGUGAAAUCCAGGUUGUGGAUCUCGUCCAUGAGGAAGUUGAGGACCAAGACAAACGUCUUGGCAAGAUGCUCCCACCAGAUCCAGAAGUGAUUCUGUGCAACAACACCAAGAUGCUGAGGGAGCGUCUGAGUGUAUCUGGAGAGAAGCUGGGGACAGAGCACCGCGAGCAGGACGAGGACUACGUCUAUGAUCUUUACUACCAGGAAGCUGUCACACCAGGCUGGAUCCAGGACAUCCUGUCUGUCAGGGUCUACGCAGAUGAUGGAGAACUGGUUCCAGAUCUUGUGGUUCAUGAAGAGGAGGUCUAUGAUGAUGAGGAUGAUGAGAACGAAGAGAGCAACUGGAGGAACGACUACCCCGAUGAGGGGAGCGAUGCUGACAGCGACAGAGAGCAGCGCUAUGGUGACUACUGGGAGGAGGAACACUCGUACAGCAGGAGGAGUUGGAAGCACUACCACCGGGAGGUGUUGCACGAGCUGGGCGGCAGCGGCGACGACGACGGCGACGACGACAAAUCAGAUUCUGAUUGAUCGACUUCUUCUGGCACCCUCCUCAUUGGAAAAGCCAGCGCUCUCUUGACACUUCACUCUCUGAGCCUCUGUGUAGUUAAGAGUAGAACCCUCCCACCCCAUAACAGUGCAGCUACCUGUGUAGCACCUCUGAAGUGGUGUGCCAACGUAACUGUUCUAUAACCCACCCUCCUCCUCCUCCUCCUCCUCCUCCUCACUACACAGAUGCCAGAGAAGGAUCCAGAGUGUUUUUUUUUAAGCUGUGGUGGAGUGACUUGUGUGUGGGUGUUUGUUUUAAGUGGAUGCGUGUUUGAAUUGUUUCUCGUUAGCGUGGUAUGCUUCGUACGCUGUGCUGUUAACUCCUUCUGUUAGUGAGGGCCACGUGUGCUUGCAGCUUAGAGUGUUUGCGUUGGUGCAUGGUAGCGUGUACGUAUAACUAGACCGUUUAUUUCUGCAUAAUGUGAAAGCGUGUUGCAUACAUUUCUGUGGUGGACGUGAGUUUGACUCUGAAGUGAAUCCAGUUGUUGCCCGAAUGCUUGCUGAAGUUUAUUUUUUGUAAAUAUGUAGAUGUGUAAACAAAGAGCUUUCAAAAUG